AUGGCGGAAGCAUUGCCGGGUUUAACGAUGGAUAUGUGGACAGAGAUCUUAGCGAGGCUGCCGGUGAAAAGCUUAAUGAGAUUAAGGUGUGUUUGUAAAAGCUGGUGUUCAUUAAUUGAUUCCUCUUAUUUCAGUCUUUUGCAUCUUCAAAUUUACAACAACAAACCCAAGUACGCGAUAGCCAUGAACUCCGACAAAACUGCAGUUUAUAGUAUCGACACAUUCAGAAAAAUUGACGAAAUAUUUAAAACUCCUUUUAAUUGUGAAGUAAUAUGCUGCGAAUAUGGAUUAAUUUUGAUGUGUGCGUUUUAUGCAAUUACGCCGGACGAGGUCGACGAGGAUGAGAUGGUAUUUCAUAAUCCCUGUACUCGAAAGUCCUGGUCGAUCCCCCGUUGUCCUUAUAUGACUUGGACAUGUUGGCUAGGUUUCGCUCCGUCUACUAAUGAUUAUAAGGUUGUUACUUUUGUUUAUGAUAAUUCUUCGAUAGUGGUUUAUUCAUCAAAUGCUAACCUUUGGAGGAUUAAAGAUAGGUCGGAUGCUCACGUUCGAGGCCUUUUAAGUUUUGAAGAUGCGGAUGAAUUUUAUUGUAAGGGUGCUUUGUGCUGGUUAGGCUUUGAAAAGGAUAAACCUCCUGGCGUACAUAAUCAUCUUGUAUCGUUCGAUUUUGAUUCCGAGGAAUUCGUCUUCGUGGAUUUGCCUGAUGCUCUUAAACAACCAGGUCUAGUUAAAAUUAAUUUUGUCCUUAGUGAGUCUGUAGCAAUUUUCGCUAUGUCUUCUCAUAGUGCCUGCAUAUGGGUUUUGGUCGAGGAUGGUGUAGAUAAAAUUAAAUCAUGGCGGCUUUGGUAUACUGGAGAUUCAAAUUCAAAAGCUCACCGGUUUCUUACCAGAGGUUUUCGUACGGUUAUUUUCAAUGUUGAGAAGAAUACAUUUAUCCUAUCUUUUAGAAGUAAUAUAUUUUCUUAUAACUUCAGAAGUCACCGGAUACAACAUUUGGAAGAUUAUUAUUAUAGCUAUUUUGGCAUUUAUAUGGAGAGCUUAGUAGUGCACAACCGAAACCAAAGGAAGAUUUUGACAUACCAUAAUAUGAAUGGUGAAGAAAGUACAAAAUUGGUCCGUGUUUAG